AUGCGAUCCGGGCUGCUCCUCAUCGGGAGCUGCCUGACGCCGGAGGUGCCGCUGCCUGGGACCACCAACCCUGGGAAGGCGGAGGAGCCCCUGGAUGCCUACGUGAGGUCCAUCAGCCAGCUGGCCCAGCCGUGCUCAGCGGGCAGUGAGCCCCCGCGCCCCUGCCGAGCCCCCCGGGCCAGGGCCAGAGGGACCCCGAGCCGGAGCAGUGACAAAGGCCAGCCCUCUGCCACCUCGCUGCAGGACAUCACAGCCCAGUUCAAUGGACAGCAGAGCUCCCCGGGGCUCCGCGGUGCUGCUGAUCCGCUGGCAUGGCUCUACGGGCUCUCGGACCCCAAGCAGCAGAUGAGGAGCCCCGCAUCUUGCCCCUCACAGCCGGCCCCGGAGUCAGACCUACAGGCAGCUCCUGGGCCGUUCGGCAUUGCCCCCAAGCCGGGUGCCCCAUUUGUGCCUGGACAGAGUUCUUGUCGCUGGCAGCGGUCCCGCAGGCGGGCAGCCCUGCCCGGCUCUGCCAUCAAAGGCCGGCCCGGCCGACCCCAGAACUCACGCUUGCCUGUGAUUUAUGAAUUGUGA